AUGGUCCAGUACAAGCUUACCUACUUUGACCUGCGCGGCCUCGCCGAAACAGCCCGUCAACUUUUCGCCCUGGCCGGCGUCGAUUAUGAAGACGUCCGUGUCGAUUUUGACACCUGGCCGGAGAUCAAGCCCAGUCAGUUGAAAAAUAAAGAAUACUUGAAAAAAUAUCAUUUUCAGAGACCUUCUUUGGAAAGCUACCAAUUCUGGAGGUCGACGGCAAGCAGAUCCCCCAGUCGUUGGCCAUUUCUCGGUUCCUGGCCAACAAGUUUGGCUACGCCGGAAAGUCCGACAUGGAGAAGGCUUGGGCCGACGCCUUCGCCGACCAGUUCAAGGACUUCCUCAUGUCGAUUGGGCCCUACUUUGCCGCCAAGCGUCUCGGCAAGCCUCAGAGUGAAAUCGUGAGUAGUUUGAAAUUUUUUGGGGUCAUGGAGAUUUAUGAUCAGUCUUCGUCUUUUUUCGGAGUCCAUAUCCUAAAAGUUCAGCUCAAAUAGUCCUAGUUCAGAAAUUGAAACCGGAAUUUUUGAGAAAAACCAAUAACUUUCUGUGUAACUCAUUCACCACAUCUUGAAAGAGUCUGACUCGUCUGCGCUCUCUUUUCUCUCCCUGUUCCUUCACUUCUGAAGAAGAAAUCGCGGAGACACGUCAGAUUGUUCAUUUUAUGAAGAAUAAAGUGGAAAAAAGAUAGAAAAUCUUGUGAAAUUCUUUGAAGUCCUACUUUAAUAAAUAGAAUAUAGUCUGUGUGCCAAGACUUGGAAUUUCACCGAACGACAUUCCGCUGUUCCGCUGCGUGCGUUCGCGAAGCGUCUUUUAAGUCUAGGUCACGCUUUCAAUUGAUUGUUAUUGCUGUGGGAGCACAUGAAAGUUGAGUACCUUAAUAAAAGAAAAGAAAAAUUAAAAGCGCGACCAAGGUUCGCAAAGGCACACAGCGGAACAGCGAAAUGUCGUUUGGUGAAAUUCCAAGUCGUGUUAGUCAGACUAUACCCCACUUUACUUUCAUUUCCUACAGGAUUCAAUCCUGAAAGAGACGGUCCGACCGGCCUACGACGAUCUCUUCAAAGUCGUCACCAAACGUCUGCAAAAAAGUUCGACAGGAUUCCUACUCGACUGUGGCCUCACUUACCCUGACCUCACUUUGGCUGAACUCACUUUUUACGCCCAAAAAAUGGGCGUCAUCGACUCCAAUUAUACCGAGGUUUGAAAUAUUUUUUUUUUCAUAGAAUCUAAUAAUUCAUUUGACAGGUUCUCGAACACCUGAAGAAGGUACAAUCGGUUCCGCAGAUCAAAAAAUGGAUCGAGAAGCGUCCUGUCACUGAACAUUAA